AUGACGAGGAGUAAGGUGAAACUUGAGUUCAUUUCCAACGAUGCCUCGAGGAGAAAAUCCUUUGGAAAAAGAAACAAAGGUCUGCAGAAGAAAGUGAACGAGUUGUCGACUCUAUGCGGUAUCCCUGCAUGCGCCAUCAUCUACAGUCCAUACAACACCAACCCCGACGUGUGGCCAUCAAACGCCGGUGCGCACAGCGUUAUUUCGGAGUUCCGGGCGUUGCCGGUGCUGGACCGACAGAAGAAAAUGUUGGACCAAGAGACAUUCAUCAGACAACGCAUAGCCAAAGUGUCCGAGCAGCUUAGCAAAGAGAAGAGGGAGAGCAGGGUGGGGGAGAUGACUGAAGUCAUGUUCCAAUGUUUAGACGGUAACAUGGGUAUGUUUGACCUAAAUAUUGUAGAUCUCAAUGAUUUAAGUUAUAUUAUUGACCAAAAGCUGAAAGAUCUUCAUCGGAAGAUCGAUGUUUUGGGGUAUUCUCCUGCUAUGGAGGUCGGUGAAUCCUCCAAUGCUGCUGCGGCUGCCGCUCCUUCCCAAGGGUCUGGAGCCACUCUAGCCGGUACGGUUCAUGAGGUUGGUUCUUACUCCUCAACGGCAGGUGCCGCUGCUUUGUUUAACUCUAUUCAGCAGCAGAUUCCUCCUCCGGGGGCUCCAAAUGUUGGACUCUAUGAGCAACCAUGGAGUCAGAGUCAGAAUCAGUAUCAACAGCAAAGCUUUGUGGAGAUGAUGAACCAUCAGCAUAUGAGUCAUGCCGGUGAGCAAAUGGGGUUUCAGUUCAUGGGUCAUAACCACCACCACCCCCACCACCAACCGCAGCAGCAGCAGAUCCCCGGUUAUUCCUCCAUCACUCCGGUAGCCGCCAGCUCAAGCAGUACGAACCCCGUUACCAGGCCAAACCCCACCACCAACCACAUUUGGAUCCCAUAG